AUGUCUCCGCUGGUGCUGACCCACUACAAUCCUCAGUUGGACAUCGUGGCGUCUGCCGACGCAUCUUCAAUCGGUAUCGGGGCCAGAAUCGCACACCGGUUUCCCAACGGCACCGUGAAAGCAAUUUGUCACGCCUCCAGAAGCCUAACCCCAGCCGAAACAAAUUACAGCCAGAUCGAGAAGGAGGGGCUGCAACGUUGGGCGCUGACUCUUCUCCUAUGCAACUUUUCCAUCGAAUACGUGUCGACCAAUAGUUUUGGUUACGAAGAUCUUUUAUCGAGGCUGAUGAACACCCACUUUCGGCCUGAUGAGGAGUACGUAAUAGCAUCGAUCGAGCUGGAAAGUACGUUCCACGAUGUUGUUAAUCAAUCACUGGAAGUCUUCCCGCUCACAUUCAAGUCGAUCCAGGCAGAAACCAGAGCGGUUCCUGUUCUCCAAAAAGUGCUUCAGCACGUCCAGCAAGGCUGGCCGACUAAGAAGACAGACGUCGCCGGCUCAUGCCAGCAAUUCUAUCUUCGUAAAGACGGGCUGUCAGUCAUUCCCGGCUGCCUUCUCUACGGUGAGCGACUGAUAAUUCCUUCGAAGUACCAGAAAAAGGUCCUCCAAUUGUUGCACAAGGGCCAUCCAGGUGUCGAACGAAUGAGAGCGGUGGCACGUAGCAACUGUGCUCGGGUUGCCAAAACCAACACUAGAACCAACUUGGAGUCCUGGCUCGCAUCCAAAAAGCCCUGGCAGAGACUGCAUAUUGAUUACGCUGGUCCUGUUGAUGGUUGGUUCUACCUCAUCCCGGUCGAUGCAUACUCGAAAUGGCCGGAGGUCGUCCGAACUCGUCAAACGACAUCGCCAGCUACCAUUGAAAUUCUGGAGGGCAUCUUCGCUCGCUUCGGAAACCCGGAGACACUGGUUUGCUACAAUGGACGCCAGUUCAUCAUCGAGCAGUUCGAGGAGUUCUGCGACACCAAAGCGGAAGGAGAGGGCCUCACCGAAGCAAUCAACACCUUCUUGUUAUGCUACCGUUCUACGCCCUGCCGAAGCGCUCCCGAGGGAAAAUCACCUGCCGAGAUAAAGCUUGGUAGAACGAUACGCGCUUCGCUCGAUCUGCUUAGACCACCAACUGCAUUUCACAAAACAGAUCACUCCAAGCAGGACGACCAGUACAUUGUACAACCGCAAGCAUGGAACUCCGUAAGCGAUGUGGAUGAAGCCGAAAUAGCUGACAAGAGGCAGCCUACGCAAGUACCACUCGACAUUCUACUAGAGUCAUGGGGCCUGGAUCGAAGUCCAGCAGACGAAACUGAAUCGAUCUUCCAAUCGAAUCCGUAUGCGCCUCCCGGAAACAAGCCAGUGCAACCAGAUGGACUGCCCCCGAACUCUAAUCCUCGCCUUAAUCGGAAAAAGAAACUGCAACGACAACCAUUAGUAACUCGCCAAUCCUCGCGCAGCCGGAGGUAUCCCGUGAGAUAUGACCCGUACCAUCUGUACUACUAG